CAAAACAAUAACUCUCGACGGUAAAUCACCAGCCAACCGAAAAAAAAAGAGAAAAAUAUUUGUUUGCUUCAACACGUUUUUAUUUUGCCAAAUUGUAAAGUUUAUUUCGUUUAAGUUUUCCGUUUUAUUAUUAUAUGGACAAAUGGUUUGGACAAAAACGUCUGUGGCUUUUUGGUAACCAUAUGCCAAGAAGACCUCGCGGCUCUGGGCAGAUGGAUCGCUUCGAAAAACUUAGUCGCUUAGGUGAAGGUUCAUAUGGUGUGGUGUACAAAUGCCGAGACCGAGACACUGGAGAUUUGGUAGCUGUAAAACGAUUUGUUGAGUCUGAAGACGAUCCGGCAAUUCGGAAGAUAGCUUUGAGAGAAAUUAGGCUCUUAAAGAAUCUUCAGCAUCCGAAUAUUGUCAGUCUUUUGGAAGUGUUCCGAAAAAAGCGACGUUUACACUUAGUGUUUGAGUUUUGUGAACAUACAGUGCUUCAUGAAUUGGAUCGAUAUCCAAAGGGUUGCCCAGACAAUUUAAUUAAACAAAUACUGUAUCAAACACUGCAGGGUGUGGAUUAUUGUCAUGCUCAAGGAUGCCUACACCGUGAUAUUAAGCCAGAAAAUAUACUUAUAACUGCACAAGGACAUGUUAAACUGUGUGACUUUGGUUUCGCAAGAAUGUUAAGUCCUGGUGAAAACUAUACCGAUUAUGUAGCGACUAGAUGGUAUCGAUCGCCAGAGUUACUUGUAGGCGAUACACAAUAUGGUACUCCGGUUGACGUGUGGGCGAUUGGAUGUCUUUUCGCUGAACUUUUAAGAGGUGAAGCUCUAUGGCCUGGAAGAAGUGACGUUGAUCAACUGUACUUAAUACGGAAAACACUUGGUGAACUGUUACCAAGACAUUUGAUGAUAUUCAACCAAAAUGAAUAUUUUAGGGGAGUAACUUUACCUGUUCCUGCAACAAUAGAACCGCUCGAAAGUAAGCUACCUGAAAAAGUGCUGCAGAAUUUGGCAACAACCGACUUCUUAAAAAAAUGUCUCGACAAGGACCCAAUGAAGCGGUGGUCUUGUGAACGCCUAAUUGGCCAUCCGUAUUUUGAAGACUACAUUCAGAGUCAAAGUAAAGCAGAUGUACCUGGUCUAUCACGAACAAAGUCUAAGCAAUCAAAUAUGUCGUUGCCAUUACUUUCGUCAACGACCGAAGCAACAAAAACGUCUUUGAAAAUUCAAAAUAUUCCGUCUGAACAUCAUUUUCCUACGAUUUAGAGCAAUAACAGCAA